GUGUAUACGUGAACUAUUCUUUAGGAAGGCGAGCUAAACAGCGCACAGGUAAAAAAGCAGCAUCAGCGUCAUCAUCAGCACAGGUGAGGGAGAUGCAGCAGCAAGAGGAGCAGCGUCCUGAAACUCAAAAAAACCCUUUCAAAAAAAUGAUGGAGUGCUUUAAAACUUUGAGGGAGACCUUUAAAGAAAAAAGCAGGGACUUGCGAGAGCGGCAGCAGCGGGUUAGGCAGCAGGAGCUGGAGCUCAGGGAGCACGAGCUGAUGUUUGAGAAGCGCGCGCGGGACUUGGCGGUGCGGAAGGAGAAGCUCGCCGAGCGGAAGGUGAGUGCUGAGAACAGGUGUGCGUGGAUUCAGGCUGAGAAGGAGUUUCUCCUGAAGCAGAGAGAGGAUACGGAGCAGAUGAAGCAGACGCUGGAGAGGUGGCAGCGGGAGAUUGAGCAGCGGGAGAGGAAGUGUGAGGAGCGCGAGCACGAGCUGGAGGAGCGGCAGCAGAUCGCUGAUGAAAAGGAGGACGUUAUUGAGGACCUGCUGGAGACAGAGAGAACGAGGAGGCCCGUCGUGCAAACCAGGAAAAAGAGCUUCCUCCAACACCUCCAAUCCAUAUACCGCAUUACGGAGGAGAUGGUAGUAACAGGAUAGACCGUCCGUGAGCUCAGAUGCUGCCCAAAAUAGCAGAAAUCUAAAUCUAAAUAAAGAUAAUCUAAAUAAGAAAGAAAGGAAGGAAGGAAAAAGAAAGAAGGCAGAAUGAGGGGAGGCAGCUGUUUAAGGGGCGAGCUCCCCCCUCCACCCAAUCCCCCCCCCCCCUUACCUAUAUAUAUAUAUGUUACAUUACAUUACAUUUGGCAGACGCUUUUGUCCAAAGCGACUUACAAUAGUCAAGUACAAGGUAAUAGAAGUUUAAGGUAAAACAUCGUUAGAUGGGGCUUAAAGGAGGUCGAAGGGAAAUAAUCGGAUAGAGGAGUAAAUAAAGGAGGGGAAGAAGGAAAUGAGGUUAGAAGUAGUUAGUGUGUUAGAGGUGUUAGGAGAGUAAGUGCUCUUUGAAGAGCUCUGUCUUCAGGAGUUUAUUAAAGAUAGUGAGAGAUUCUCCUGAUCUGGUAGUAGAAGGUAGUUAGUUAGAGGUGUUAGGAGAGUAGGUGCUCUUUGAAGAGCUCUGUCUUCAGGAGUUUAUUAAAGAUAGCGAGAGAUUCUCCUGAUCUGGUAGUAGAAGGUAGUUAGUUAGAGGUGUUAGGAGAGUAAGUGCUCUUUGAAGAGCUCUGUCUU